UCAAUUUCCAAAAAUUUCCUAUUUUUAGCGAAAAUCAGUUAUUGGGAUCCGUAGAUCUAGCAAUCCCCUAAAUGCAUGUCCAUAGACAUUGGGAUCGAUCCAAAGGAGGAGAAAAAAUGGUGGCGAAAUCAGGCUCGAGAUGUUGCUGUUGUUGUUGGUUCCUCGGGAUCAUCGUGGUGAUCGCUGUAGUGCUCGCCGUCGUUUUCACCAUCAGACAUAGAGCAAACCAUUUCGAUGAUAUCGCUCCUGGCUCCACUGAUAAGAAGUACGCUGAUGCUCUCAAGAUCGCCAUGCAGUUCUUCAAUAUCCAGAAAUCUGGUAAGCUGGAGAACAACAAAAUACCUUGGAGAGGAGAUUCAGGUCUUAAAGAUGGAAGUGAAGCGAGUCUGGACCUUUCCAAAGGUUUAUACGAUGCUGGAGAUCACAUGAAGUUUGGUUUCCCUAUGGCAUUCACUGCCACUCUUCUCUCCUGGUCCAUUCUCGAGUACGGAGACCACAUGGACUCCCUGGACCAACUUGAUCCUGCUAAAGACUCUCUAAAGUGGACCACUGAUUUCCUCAUCAAUGCUCAUCCUUCUCCAAACGUCCUCUACAUUCAGGUGGGAGAUCCGGAGACGGAUCAUAAAUGCUGGGAUAGGCCAGAAACAAUGUCAAGGAAGAGAACUCUCACCAAGAUUGAUGCAGACACUCCAGGGACUGAAGUUGCUGCAGAAACAGCAGCAGCCAUGGCUGCAGCAUCUCUAGUCUUCAAAGAAAGUGAUACCAAAUAUUCAGGCACGCUUCUCAAACACGCCAAGCAGUUGUUCGAUUUCGCCGAUAACAACAGGGCAUCUUACAGCGUCAACAUACCUGAGGUUCAGAGUUACUACAACUCCACUGGCUACGGAGAUGAGCUUCUUUGGGCAGCAUCAUGGUUGUACCAUGCGACAGAGGACAAAACGUACCUCGACUUUGUGUCUAAAAAUGGAGAGGAGUUUGGAAACUUUGGAAGUCCGACAUGGUUUAGUUGGGACAACAAGCUUCCAGGAACACAUGUACUAUUAUCAAGAUUAACCUUCUUCAAAAAAGGCCUAUCAGGAAGCAAAGGACUUCAAGGUUAUAAAGAAACAGCAGAAGCUGUCAUGUGUGGGCUCAUACCAGACUCCCCAACAGCUACAUCUAGUAGAACUGAUGGUGGUCUUAUAUGGGUUGCUGAAUGGAAUGCACUGCAACAUCCUGUGUCCUCAGCAUUUUUAGCCACACUCUACAGUGACUACAUGCUCACAUCCGGUGUUGAUAAACUAUCUUGCGGUGACACAUCCUUUAAACCAUCAGAUCUCAGAAAAUUCGCCAGAUCACAGGCUGAUUACAUGCUAGGGAAGAAUCCAGAGACAAUGAGCUAUUUGGUGGGUUAUGGUGAUAAAUAUCCAGAGUUUGUGCAUCAUCGAGGAGCUUCGAUACCAGGUGAUGCAAACACAGGAUGUAAAGAUGGAUUCAAGUGGCUUAACUCAGACGAACCGAACCCUAACGUAGCUUAUGGUGCACUUGUUGGUGGACCGUUUCUGAACGAGACGUUUAUUGAUGCGAGGAACAAUUCAAUGCAGAAUGAACCGAGUACUUAUAACAGUGCUCUUGUGGUUGGUCUUUUGUCUAGUUUGGUUACUAGAUCUUCAUCGGUAGAAUCUUUUAAAUGA